GUUAAAAUGGAUGAACUUAGUGAAGCUCCGUCCACAGUCUGUACAGAGUCCUCCCAGCAAAUAUCUCUUGAAGUAGAGGACGCAGCCACGAUUGAUAAAAAGUGCGAAAAUAACGACAGCUUUGACGAAACAUAUCAAGAGAGACAGAAACACGAACGGUCUUGCAUAAGAUAUUUCAUCUGCGUGUUGUUGUGUACAAGUGUUGUAUUUGGCAUUCUAGGCACUAUCAUAUACUUUGCUGUCCUGAAGACGAAUGAACAACCGUUGCUAACUCCCGGAAGUGAUUCUAACUCUGUGUUUCCGGAACAACGACCGACUACGGGUCAGAAACAAAACGCAUCAUCACUCGAAACGGGAAAUGAUGUGAAAAAUGAUUGCCCUGGAAAUUGGACCUAUUACAACAAAAAGUGCUACCAUUUUAUCCGGUCGCCUGUCCACAUCUCAGACGCAAAGGAACAUUGCGCAACUGUGAGAGGAGCCCCACUGAAUACAAACAACGAGACCAAGACCAUUCCAGAAUUCAUGGUGAAAGAAAUACAAAAAUUUAUCGGAUGCUGUCUCUAUGACCUGAGGAGGAAUGAAACUGGCAUUCUUGAAAAUAUUGAAGAGGAAAUAGCAAACAGUCUUUCUAUACCAUAUGAUCCUGAAUGGAAUAUAAUGGAUGACAUAGGACAACUUGCAGACGACAGCCCCAAAAGCGUCACACGCUUACCUUCAUUCAACCAACACGCUUUCACUUCUCAUCUACCCUCCAGUGCAGGUGCUCGAAAUUUUGAUGACCAUUUAUCUAAUCUACUGAACACAUUUAUAAUUCCAUCCCUUAUAGAAGCAUCAAAUACCAAUGUAACCCCGUAUACUUCCACCCCAACUUCGCCGUACGGGUUUUUGUUGGGAGGCGGACAUCAGCAUAACCAUUUCACAACACCACCAGGCAAUUCCUAUCAAACAACAAACAUUUUCGACAGAUUGUUCGAGAAAAAAGCUUUACAAUCAACACAACCAAAUGUAGAAAUAACACGACCGGACACCGAAACAACACAACCAAACAUUGUCGAUAGACCACCGGCAACAAGUGCGCAUGCGCCAGAAACAUUACCAGGAAUCAGUCAGCCUGUUGCGGAAAAAGCGCAUGUCAGUACCAAAAAUCACGGUCCUGCUCCGCAAAAACAGUAUGGUCAGGAUGGUAAUGGGCCGAUGUCAACGAAAAUGUCAUCUCUGGAAAUAUUUUGCAGAAGAUAUGAGCCUCAUUUGCCGGAGUGGCGGGAAACAGGUUGCCUCGGGAGCUAUGUUCAGAUCUGUGAGAGAAAUCCUUGAACUGGUAGUCCGAAUAAGAUCAUGAGAACACGGCUCUGCUGCAGACGACCACUUUGGCCUCUUGGAUUUGCACCCCCGACUUCAUCAGAGUCUGGGAAACAUUCAAUUUAUACAGCGCUGCUUAAAUUGAAAACAGGGAGUCAAAUAUCAGAGAACUUUUACACAAGCACUUUUGACAGUUUCAAAGCAAACAUGCAAAACAAGAAUUAAUAUUUUUAUUACAAUUUCGUUCAUUUCCUCGUUUCCAACAUUCUAAUUUCGGAGACCUCCUGGAAGUCCUCUUCUCUUGAAUGUUUAAGUACGCUUUAUACAUUGUAUUAUAUAUUAUAUAUAUAGCUGAAAUCCGCUAUCUCGAAUUCCAUGGGACCGAGCGUUAUACUUCGAGGUAACCGAAAUUCGAUUUAAAAUGAUAUGGUGUGCACGUUGUUUUCGGGACGGGACUUUAAAAUGUCUUCGAUACAGGAGAGAUCGUGUUUGUAUACAAAUCCGUUGUAAUUUCUAUUUUUAGAACUGAAAAGACAGUAACCGGGUAGGCAGAAGCCGAACGUUCAUGUUUUUUGUAAAUUGAGAUGUUUUUUUCUAAAGGCCUUAACUUUUUUAAAACACAGAUUAUAUCAAUAUUUUUUUUUUUAUCAAUGGAAAGGUCAA